AUGGCUCUGCAGAUGUUCAUGACUUUCAAUCCUUGGAAUUCUUUGCUACUGCUAGUGGCUCUUGAGUGUUCUGAAGCGUCUUCUGAUUUGAAUGAAUCUGCAAAUUCCACUGCUCAAUAUGCACCUAACGCUUGGUUUGCUGCCGCUAGCUCAGAGCCAGAUGAAGGGAUAUCUGUUUUUGAACUGGAUUAUGACUAUGUGCAAAUUCCUUAUGAGGUCACUCUCUGGAUACUUCUAGCAUCCCUUGCAAAAAUAGGCUUCCACCUCUACCACAGGCUGCCGGGCCUCAUGCCAGAAAGCUGCCUCCUCAUCCUGGUGGGGGCGCUGGUGGGCGGCAUCAUCUUCGGCACCGACCACAAAUCGCCUCCGGUUAUGGACUCCAGCAUCUACUUCCUGUAUCUCCUGCCGCCCAUCGUUCUGGAGGGCGGCUACUUCAUGCCCACCCGGCCCUUCUUUGAGAACAUCGGCUCCAUCCUGUGGUGGGCAGUACUGGGGGCCCUGAUCAACGCCUUGGGCAUUGGCCUCUCCCUCUACUUCAUCUGCCAGGUGAAGGCCUUUGGCCUGGAAGACGUCAACCUGCUGCAGAACCUGCUGUUCGGCAGCCUGAUCUCCGCCGUGGACCCCGUGGCCGUGCUGGCCGUGUUUGAGGAAGCACGUGUGAACGAGCAGCUCUACAUGAUGAUCUUUGGGGAGGCCCUGCUCAAUGAUGGCAUUACUGUGGUCUUAUACAAUAUGUUAAUUGCCUUUACAAAGAUGCAUAAAUUUGAAGACAUAGAACCUGUCGACAUUUUGGCUGGAUGUGCCCGAUUCAUCAUUGUGGGGCUUGGAGGGGUAUUGUUUGGCAUCGUUUUUGGAUUUAUUUCUGCGUUUAUCACACGUUUCACUCAGAAUAUCUCUGCAAUUGAGCCACUCAUCGUCUUCAUGUUCAGCUAUUUGUCUUACUUAGCUGCUGAAACCCUCUAUCUCUCUGGCAUCCUGGCAAUCACAGCCUGUGCAGUAACAAUGAAAAAGUACGUGGAAGAAAACGUGUCCCAGACAUCAUACACGACCAUCAAGUACUUCAUGAAGAUGCUGAGCAGCGUCAGCGAGACCUUGAUCUUCAUCUUCAUGGGUGUGUCCACUGUGGGCAAGAAUCACGAGUGGAACUGGGCCUUCAUCUGCUUCACCCUGGCCUUCUGCCAAAUCUGGAGAGCCAUCAGCGUAUUUGCUCUCUUCUAUAUCAGUAACCAGUUUCGGACUUUCCCCUUCUCCAUCAAGGACCAGUGCAUCAUUUUCUACAGUGGUGUUCGAGGAGCUGGAAGUUUUUCACUUGCAUUUUUGCUUCCUCUGUCUCUUUUUCCUAGGAAGAAAAUGUUUGUCACUGCUACUCUAGUAGUUAUAUACUUUACUGUAUUUAUUCAGGGAAUCACAGUUGGCCCUCUGGUCAGGUACCUGGAUGUUAAAAAAACCAAUAAAAAAGAAUCCAUCAAUGAAGAGCUUCAUAUUCGUCUGAUGGAUCACUUAAAGGCUGGAAUCGAAGAUGUGUGUGGGCACUGGAGUCACUACCAAGUGAGAGACAAGUUUAAGAAGUUUGAUCAUAGAUACUUACGGAAAAUCCUCAUCAGAAAGAACUUACCCAAAUCAAGCAUUGUUUCUUUGUACAAGAAGCUGGAACUGAAACAAGCCAUCGAGAUGGUGGAGACUGGGAUACUGAGCUCUACAGCUUUCUCCAUACCCCAUCAGGCCCAGAGGAUACAAGGAAUCAAAAGACUUUCCCCUGAAGAUGUGGAGUCCAUAAGGGACAUUCUGACAUCCAACAUGUACCAAGUUCGGCAAAGGACCCUGUCCUACAACAAAUACAACCUCAAACCCCAAACAAGUGAGAAGCAGGCUAAAGAGAUUCUGAUCCGCCGCCAGAACACCUUAAAGGAGAGCAUGAGGAAAGGCCACAGCCUGCCCUGGGGAAAGCCGGCUGGCAUCAAGAAUAUCCGCUACCUCUCCUUCCCCUACGGGAAUCCUCAGUCUGCGGGAAGAGACACAAGGGCUGCUGGGUUCUCAGAUGAUGACAGCAGUGAUCCAGGAUCCCCAUCCAUCAUGUUCAGCGCACUCUCUCGGACAGGGUCACUUCAGAAGCAAGAGGCACAAGAAAUAAUCCCGCUGAAGAGCCUACACAGAGGAAGGAAGGCAUUCAGCUUUGGUUAUCAAAGAAACAUAAGCCAAGAAGAGUACUUGGGUGGAGUAAGGAGGGUGGCCUUAAGACCCAAACCUCUGUUUCAUGCAGUGGAUGAGGAGGGUGAGUCUGGAGGGGAGAGUGAGGGCAAGGCCUCUUUGGUCGAGGUUCGGUCGAGGUGGACAGCUGACCGUGGACAUGGCGGGGACCAUCACAGGUCCAACAGUCCUUUGCUCCAAAAAAAAUAG